AUGACUAUAACGCGAAUGACAACCGUGAGCACUUCGGUGGAGAUGGGUCUUCGAUUUAUCGGCAUAUGGCCGGGCUCGGCUUACGGCAAUUUCCAGUGGUUCGUCUACAUGACGUCGGUGGUGAUAGUAAUGUACUUUCAGUACGCGUUCAUCGUCAAGAAUUUCGACAGAAACCAUCUCUCGGUGCUUAUAGACGCGCUGAGUAUGACUAUGGCCUAUAGUCUGGCGUUUUUGAAGUUGGUCAGCCUCUGGCUGAAUCGCCGAUUAUUUUACGAGAUCCUGGCGACGAUGGACGAGGAUUGGAAGGAGUAUAUCACGGCUGAUUCGCGCAUGUACCCGAUGAUAAUCUAUGCCAACCUGUCGCGCCGAUGCUCUAACAUUUUAAUGUCCAUCAACGCCUCAGCCGCUGUCUUCUACGUCCUUGGAGGCGUUGUUCGGGGUUCCGCGAAGGACGAGGACGAUCCUCGCGAGACCAAAUUCGAUCUUCCCGUCAAAAUGGAAUUCCCAUUCGAGGUUAAUGAGUCCCCAAUCUUCGAGAUCACUGCGGUAGCCCAAUUCCUCCACGAAUUAUCGCUCUCCUCUCUGGUCGCGAUGAUCAAUUCGUUGGUCGUUACAUUGAUUCUUCACGUUAGUGGCCAAAUUGAUAUAAUGCGACAAGGUCUGAUGAAAAUAUCCUCGGAAAGUUAUCAGAACACUUCGUUUCCGCCGGAAAUUAAGGUGCUCAUUUUAAAGCAUCAACGAAUCAUUACGCUUUCUGACAAUAUUGAUGGUCUCUUCUCUUGGAUCGCGCUGAUGCAGUUUUUAUCGAAUACCCUGGUGAUCUGUUGUCUGGGAUUCAUGAUUAUCAUUACUAUCGGUAACAAGCAAGGAGCCGUAGUAUUAACGAAAUCCAUCUUAUUUUACGUCGCGAUCACGCUGGAAGCGUUCGUCUUCUGCUUCGCCGGAGAGUAUCUUAGCGCGAAGAGCAAAUCAAUCGGGGACGCCGUCUACGAGUCCGUCUGGUACGAUAUGACGCCCAACCAAUGUCGAACUCUCUUACUCGUGAUUGUGAGGUCGCAAAAGAGAUUGACGAUCACGGCCGGGAAAGUGAUGGAUCUUUCUCUGGAGGGAUUCACCAGCGUAAGGCCCAUUCUUAUACGCGUAUGA